AGCAAAAGCGAUAGAUCGACUUUGACUGUUAUCCUGUGCACAUCCUGCGUGUGCCUGUGGUGGCUUCUCGGUCAUCUUCAGGGCAAAGUGUUCUUUCACUGAACAGGCAGAUUCGAUUAUAAUUGUUUUGUGAUCUAACGAACUUAAGUGAUUUUUCUUCCUAAUAUGAAGAGUGACUGUCAUUGAAGGAUUUUAAUUUGAUCUUCCUGAGGCCGACGGGAGCAGAAUAAAAUAAUUUAAUUCAACCUUCGUCACUCAGGCGGAUAAGAUAUGUCCAGCUGAAACAGGAAUCCCACCAGCGGAUCAAGAUAACUGCUCUCACUCUGCAGGCCUGCUCCAUACUUGAUAAGAAGCGAUUUUAUUACAGCUAGCCAAAGUCCAUUUGCAGUUAUUUUGUACAUGUAUAUAUAUGCAUGUGUUGAUUACGUGAUAUUUCCACAAUCCGUUAGUAGCUUCUUGAAUCUCCCCCUCUCCUGCUCACUCUGUAGAACUUGAUUAGACGUUGAGGAAGAAACCCCGUGUUGUCUCUCGGUCUAGUCACGCAGAGAUACACGUACACUGUCGCAUCGGAACUACGGCUCGCGUGCGCGGAACGUCAAAAUUAGGACAAACGUGAGCAUUAACAAAGAAUAAUUUUGUCAUCAGAAAAAUCGACCUGUGUUUAAUUUAUACGCUUAAUAAUUUAAAGGUAAAGUUAUGUUCUUUACUCCUGCAGAACCGCAAUAAUGCGAAACUACAAGAGUAAACGCAAUUCAUUGUAACGUAUCAUUUUGAUGCUUGGAAAGUUAAUGAGUAGAAGUUGAUAAGCGUUUCAAACUUACACAUUAGCAUUUCGUUAAACAGAGAAAGAGAGACGGUUAAAAGAAAUCAAGGUGUCACGACGUAAAGGUGAAACUUUGUAAAUAUUACAACUUGGCCCCACAGUGACUGUAGAACAGAAGUGUACAAACUAUUUGGAACUGAAGAAUUAGACAAAGGCAAAAUGUUAGAGCAAUCGGACAGUGCAGCAGUGCAACCACACGUGUUCUUCCGGCAAGCAACUACACCCACACAGUCAACUGUUGUCACUUACAAGAGUGGAGGAAAUGGAUGUGUGAAAAUCACCGGAAAUGGUUACCAACAGACUUUUUCCCGCCUCCCACGGAGAACACCAGUGGAUAUACAAUUUGAGAAUAUUGGAUUUACAGCUUCGCUUGGAUUCAGAAAAGGACGGAAGAAGAUUCUACAUGAACUGAACGGCAGAUUUGCCCCACGACAACUCAUAGCCAUUAUGGGACCUUCUGGAGCCGGGAAGUCAACUUUGCUAGAUGUUCUUUCUGGUUACAGGAUUACAGGAGUGACUGGUUCCGUGAUUCUGGACGGUGAGGAGAGGAACAUGGAUGCCUUCCGGCGUCUGUCUUGCUACAUAACACAAGACGACCGUCUACAGCCAUUGCUCACGGUCCGCGAGAACAUGCAAAUUGCAGCCGAUCUAAAGCUACAAGGGGACGUCUCAAGGAGGGAGAAGAAUAAUAUUAUCGAAGAGAUUCUGUCUACACUCCGACUGUCGGAACACGGAAACACUCGCACGGGGAGACUGUCCGGAGGUCAGAGGAAGCGUCUCUCCAUUGCUCUCGAACUGAUCACCAACCCUCUAAUUUUCUUCUUGGACGAGCCCACUACAGGUCUGGACAGCUCGUCGUGCACACAGUGCGUGUCCUUACUUCGACUCCUGGCUCGACAAGGACGCACUAUCAUCUGUACAAUCCACCAGCCGAGCGCUUCCCUGUUCCAAAUGUUCGACCACGUGUAUGUGCUGUCUCAGGGUCGGUGUUUGUACCAAGGAGCGGCAGGGCAACUAGUGUCAUACCUUGCGCAGCUUGAACUACCCUGUCCUAAGUACCACAACCCCGCAGACUAUGUCAUCGAGUUGGCUUGCGGGGAGUACGGGCAAGAAAAAAUUGACAGAAUGGUAGAAGGAACGGACAACGGACGCAGUGAAACUUGGUUCCAGUUACCUGAGGAAGUCAAAGAUAUCAGAACAGCAGUUGAGCCAAUGUCUGGUCCAAAACCAUCAAAGAAAAGUUCUCGCCAUGGACUACAGGAGACUUCUUCCUGGAAUCAGCUUAAAGCGCUGUUACGAAGGGGCUACAUAAAGACUAAAAGAGACCAGACUCUAACGCACCUGCGCAUCUUAGUGAACAUCAUCGUGGCCAUCAUGCUGGGAAUUCUGUUUCUUGGAGAAGGGAACGAAGGCUCUCGCGUGCUAGACAACUACAACCUGCUGUUCGCUUGCCUCAUACACAACAUGAUGACUCCCAUGAUGAUCACCAUCCUCACAUUUCCAUCAGAAAUGUCAGUUCUGCAGAAGGAACAUUUCAAUCGAUGGUACUCACUCAAGUCAUACUACAUAUCGAUCACUAUAACAGAUAUACCUGUCAUGGUGCUGGGCUCUUUCUUAUUCACUCUGCUCGUGUACUUCAUCAGCGGGCAGCCGUCAGACAUGGGGCGAUUCAACAUGUUCUUCGUCAUCAGCCUACUUAUUGUAUACGUCGCAAUGAGCUUCGGCCUCAUGAUUGGUGCCGUAUUCGACGUCGUGAAUGGCACAUUCCUGGGUCCAGCUAUAUCAGUGCCUGUGAUGAUGUUUGCUGGGUUUGGAGUAAAUCUCCGAGACAUGCCUAGUUAUCUCAAGUGGGGCUCACAUAUUAGCUAUCUUCGAUAUGGUCUCGAAGGGUAUAUAAGUGCAAUUUAUGGAUAUGGAAGAGAAGUUUUGGACUGCGUGGAAUUCUACUGUCACUACAGGUUUCCAAACACAUUCCUGCAUGAUAUUGCCAUGACUGGGGACCAAUUUUGGAAUGAUGUCAUAGCACUCUCCGUCACUCUUCUGCUCUUGAGAGUGGUAACUUACUGCCUGUUGCGAUGGAAGCUCCAUGCUAUGCGAUGAUAUGAAUAACCCUAUUUAUUUUUUUUCAUACUGGGUGUUUUAUACAAGAAUUCUUACUUCAACAGGAAGGUUUAAUUGUGGUUUCAGAAGCACAUUAGAAAUGAGCAUGAUUGCAUGCUGAAAAUACGGCUGUCCAAGUUGUUUACAAAAUAAUGUAAAAAGAAGAUGGAGAAUUUUAAAUUAUUGUUUCUCCAAAUUACAAAACUAAGCAACAUUAGACCUGGUCAGUACUUGAAUGAGUGCAUUUUUUAUCUGAGCCUUCUAUAAAAUAUUAUAAAGAGAAAAGUGAAAAGAUGAAUUAUUUUUGUUUGUCCCCAUUACUCAAGUUAAGCAACAUUAGGUUUGCUCAGUACUUUGGUGGGAACAUUUUUGUCUGAGGUGCCUAUAAAACAUUAUGCAGAAAUCUGAUGGAAAAAUUAAUUAUUAUUGUUUGCCCCCAUUAUGAAAGUUAAAUCCAUUAGGUGUGGUCAAAAUUUGAAUGAGUAUAUCUUUACCAUGAACAAUUUUAGUGUCUGCAACCUUAUGACUAAAUCAAAAUAAUAAUCAACUUUAAUGGAAAUGAUGUAAAAUUAACAAGUUUCUUCUAAUGCAGUUCUUUUAUUGUAAAGGCUUUGUUUAUUUAUAUAUAAUAACUCAUGUGAAAAGUUUUGCAAAGCAGAUAGUAUACAACUGAAGUUUAUAUGAUGAAAAUGUCACAGAAAGAUUGUUAAGAGGUUACUUAAUGGUGCUGAAUCACGCGGUAGCAUUAGAUAUGUUAUAUGAGUGACCAGGAAUGAUGAACUGGAAUGAAAUUUGAUGUAGCUGCUGCUCUCAAUCUGAACUGAGGAAAGCCACCAUGAACUUUAGCUAUGGUACCCAGUUUCAUGAUGGAACAGUGGGUAAAAUAAUGUACGUAUAUUACUACAUGCAUUUUAAUUACAUAUAUGGUCUUUGACAUGGAGAAGUUUGGAACGAUGCCUAUCCUUCUUCUUCUCUGUGUCUUUUUUGAUGCGACGAAUGUUUUCACAGGCUUAAAAGCAAUAUCUAUAAGAGACUACUCAGCUCUGAUAUUUGUGUACUUUGAAAUGGAAUAGAAUGGUGGACAAAUGCAAAAGCACAAAAUUAAAAAUGAAGUGUACUGUGAAGCUGCAUGAUUCCAUCAGUAUGUGAGGAUAUUAAAUUAUAAUCUACAUAAAAGAGCUUGUGUGAUUUGUGUAUGUGAAACUUGUGAUUCUCAAGCAAUGCAAUUACAGCUUAUAUGAAAUAAUAGGAUUGAAAAUCUGCAAACUAUUUGUAAGACGUUCGUUGUAUGAACGUUGUAUUAACAUUUUGUAGAGAGAAACAGUGUUACAUUUAUAAGGAAUUUCUGUAUGAAGAAGUUAUUUAAUAUAAAUUGUUACUGACA